AUGCGUCUCCUCAUCUUGGCCUCAUCCCUCCUGAUCCUCGCCGUCGUUGGAUUUUCACAAAAUGAGCACCAUGUCGUAAAACGGCAAAGCCAAAACUAUAUCAGAGCAUGUUACUUCACAAAUUGGGCAAAAUAUAGAACCGGUCGUGGUACCUUCUCACCCGAUAACUACGUCUCCGGCCUGUGCACCCAUAUCCUGUUCGCCUUCGGCUGGAUGAAUGAGGAUUUUACCGUCAGAGCUUAUGACCCAUCGGACCUCCCCACCGACUGGGCUGGGGCUGGCCAAUACGCGAUGGUCAAUCAGUUGAAGCAACGAGAUUCUGGUUUAAAGACUCUGCUCUCAUUUGGUGGCUAUACGUUUGGGACCCGACUUUUUGAGGCAAUGUCAGCAAAUCCGACAACGCGUGGAGUGUUCAUCAACUCGGUCAUCCAUUUCGUUCGUCAAUACAACUUUGAUGGGAUUGACAUCGAUUGGGAAUAUCCAGCCGGCCACUCCUCGCAGUUCACUUUAUUGAUGAAAGAACUCCGAACGGCGAUUGAAGGCGAAGCACCUCUUGCUGAAAAGCCAAAACUACUCCUGACUGCUGCCGUGGCGGCUGGGGCAUCGAAUAUUGAUGCUUAUGAGGUUUCGAACAUCGCUGGACCUUUGGACUUCAUCAACCUGAUGACGUAUGAUUUCUGGGGAGCAUGGGAUGGAGAGACGGGGAUGAACGCUCCACUUUACAGCCGAGCCGGACUGGGAGGUGGCAAGGAAAAAUGGAACGUCGAUUGGGCCGCCAACGAGUGGGCUCGCCGAGGAAUGCCAAAAAAUAAGAUUGUCAUUGGAAUGGGAACGUACGGAAGGGGAUGGACUCUUGCCAAUGCUGCUAAUAUUCAACCAGGAUCUACCGGAAAUCAAGUGGCACCCGCCCAGCCGUACACGGCUGAGGCUGGAAUUGCGGCGUACUACGAGAUCUGCGAGUUCUUGGCCAAGGGAGGUACGAGAUAUUGGCAUGCUGAGCAUCAGGUGCCUUGGGUGGUUUAUCAAAACCAGUGGUGGAGUUAUGAUGAUCAGCAAUCGUUUAAGGCAAAGACCGAUUACAUCAAAAAGAACGGCUUUGCCGGCGCGAUGGUUUGGACCUUGGAUCUGGAUGACUUUAAUGGGCAAUGCCCUGGAGGCAAUGGCGUCAAAUUCCCAUUGAUUGCCAUUAUUGUUCAAGAACUUGGUGGAGGCUAUGUGCCAAACUCUAACGGAACUACGAUCAAGCCUGGCACCAGCCUCGGACCUCCAAAGCCAGCCAGCACCAAGGCCGCUUCAACAAAUCUGCCAAUAACUACCACGCCUACCGCCGCACCUGUUAAUCCCACUAGCGGAGCUUUUACCUGCGAUGGAAAAGUAGAGGGAGGCUUCUACCAAGAUCCAGCUGACUGCGGCAGCUUCUACCGAUGCGUCUACAACAGCCCAGUUCAUUUCCAAUGCGGCCCCGGUACCUAUUGGCAUCAAGACCUAUUGACAUGCAGUUACGGGAAAACGUCGGGAUGUGUU